UUCUACAGAUGCUUUUGGUGAAAUACAAUUUAAUAAUGAUAGUAACCAGCUUGCAAAGUUCAUUCGUGUCGAUGACGGCACGUCACUACCAGAGUUAUUGGAUCACUACAUUUACAAAUGGAAAACACCACAUGCUUUGAUUUCUGUCGUUGGUGGUGAUAAGAAUCUUCGUAUGACGAAACAAUCCAAUGAGAUGUUGUAUUCUGGAUUGACGAAGAUAGGAGAAGCUACCUGGAACGGUGAAGGUAUAUUGUUUAUAACAGGAGGUACCAAUAUGACUGUUACAAAAUAUAUUGGUGAAGCGUUCAAGACAAAGCAUUUGUUAUCGGGUACAGAUUGGAACCAAUCUGCAACCCCAAUUAUAGGUGUCGUACCGUGGAAUACAAUUCAACGGAAUGACCAACUCAUAUGUACGGAUGGAAAAUGGCCAAUAAAAUAUGGACAAAUAAUCGGUCAAGCAAUUACCGGCGACCGCGAAGAAAUCCACGAUAAGUACAAGGAAAUGCUUGAUUCGAAUCACACAAACUUUUUAUUUGUGGAUAUUAAUGCUGAUAAUAAUAACGCAGCAACAGUAGACUUCCGGUUUAUACUAGAGAAAAUUAUACGUGAAUCUUUAGAAGGAAAAUUUAUUUUAAUGGUAUUACAAGGAGGCCUAGAGACCAUUAAAUUUAUCGAUGAAGCUACUCAAAACCAGGAAGACAUACUUUUAAUCAAGGGGUAUGGUGGAAUAGCAGAUAUAAUAUCGUCUGCCUUAAAUCUGACUCAAGUGGAUGAUAAGAAGAGAAAAGAACUUGUACAGUCUGCUAUUGAACAAGACGAUUAUUUGCUACGAAAUGCAUUAACGGAGGAAGAGUCUAUUAGAACCGUUGAACAUAUCGAAAUAAUUCUUCAAAAUAAAGAAUUGCUGACAGUAUUUGAUUUAGGUAGUUGCGAUCAGGCAGAAGAUUUCGGAAUGAUUCUUGAAAAUAUUAUUCACGGUGGUCAGAAUACCAAGUCGAAACAGGAGACGACCGGCGAAGAAAAAAUGAAACGAGCAAUUCGGUCUGGCGACACCAAACUUGUUUCCGAAUUGUUGCAGAGUGGCAAAUAUACAGAGUGUUAUCAAGAUUUUAUUCAUCAAAUUUUCCUUCGAGACAAGUAUGAAUGCCUUAAUGUAUUUUUUGAAAUUGGAAUAAAUACGAGACAGUUAUUGGACUUCGAGAUAUGGCAACGGUAUUUUCUAGAAAACAAAGCAGUGGUGCCAAAGGCAAAAUCGAAUUUGCGCCACUAA